CUCUCUGUCUCUCUAGGGUUUUUGAUUUUAGCCGCCGCCGCUGCUCAUCUCACAUCCCUCGAGAAGACGCCUGCUCCUCGCCGAUCGAUACGAUGGCCGUCUUCUCCGACCUCCACACCGCCGACGGCCUCAAGUCCCUCGAGGCUCACCUCGCCGGCAAAACCUAUGUGUCUGGUGACUCCAUUACUAAGGAUGACAUUAAGGUCUUCGCCGCGGUGCCGUCGAAGCCUGGCGCUGAGUUUCCUAAUGCCGCCCGCUGGUACGAGACCGUCUCUGCGGCUGUAGCCUCAAGAUUCCCUGGUAAGGCUGUUGGUGUAAAUCUGCCUGCGGGAUCAGCUCCUGCGGCAGCUGCUCCUGCGGAUGAGGCUGAGGACGAUGAUGACCUUGAUCUUUUUGGUGAUGAAACUGAGGAGGACAAGAAGGCAGCUGAUGAGCGUGCCGCCGCUGCCAAGGCCUCUUCUAAAAAGAAAGAAAGUGGUAAAUCCUCCGUCCUUAUGGAUGUCAAACCAUGGGACGAUGAGACUGAUAUGAAGAAGCUGGAGGAGGCUGUCCGCAGUGUCCAGAUGGAGGGUCUGACUUGGGGAGCAUCAAAGCUUGUGCCUGUUGGAUACGGCAUCAAGAAGAUGACUAUCAUGUUGACAAUUGUCGACGAUCUUGUGUCCAUCGACACUCUAAUUGAGGACCACCUUACGCAAGAGCCCAUCAAUGAGUACGUCCAGAGUUGCGACAUUGUGGCUUUCAACAAGAUCUAGAGUUCAGUUUCUGAGUUUGGGCAACGGCAGCGGCUCAGCUCGUCAAGUUUGUGCUGGGAUGCCAGUUUAUCCCUUCUAGUCUAUUACAGAAAUGUUGUUCGGAGCUGAGUCUAUUAUAAACAUCUUGGUCUGAGUUUAUUGUUGAGUGGUGCCAGUUUUUUUCAAUAUACAUUUAUCUUAAAAACAGCGGUACUGAUGUUUUUUUGUCUAAAGUUAAUGAGUUUGCAAUGGUUCUGAGUCUAAA